UCUAAGGGAAAUGGUAGCUGACAACACGGAUUGGUUUGUCAGUGACCAACCAAAUGACUAAUUCUGAAAAAUACAGAAAUCAAAUCGGUUAAUGCGAGAGGGAAAGAAGAACGCGAGCCAUAAGCGAUGCGUGCGUGACAGUAUACGCUAGACGUGUAUGAUACUGUUAGUGCAGUCCCAAACAAAGACAGACCUGCUAUGUUUGUGAAAUAUGAGGCUGUUUUGUGCUAAUUAAAGAGUGAGGAAGGAAAGAUGGAGCAAUACACCGCUACAACCAGUGGGGAUCAGAUAGUGGUUCAAGCUGCCAAUGGACAAAUCCAGCAGCAGGCUCAGGGCACCGUAACAGCAGUUCAGCUGCAAACAGAAGCACCCGUCGCUACUACAGGCCAGCAAGUGCAGACGCUCCAGGUAGUCCAGGGUCAGCCGCUGAUGGUCCAGGUGAGUGGCGGGCAGCUAAUUACAUCCUCAGGUCAGCCUAUCAUGGUACAGGCCAUGUCUGGAGCUCAGGGCCAGACGAUCAUGCAGGUGCCCGUGUCUGGAGCUCAAGGCCUUCAACAGAUCCAGUUGGUUCAGCCGGGUCAGAUUCAGUUGCAGGGUGGUCAGACUCUCCAGCUGCAGGGUCAGCAGGGUCAGGCUCAACAGAUCAUCAUACAGCAGCCUCAGACUGCCAUUACCGCGGGCCAGAACCAGGGGCAGCAGAUUACAGUUCAGGGACAGCAGGUUGCCCAAACAGCUGAAGGACAGACCAUUGUAUACCAGCCUGUGAAUGCUGAUGGCACAGUUCUGCAGCAGGGCAUGAUCACCAUCCCAGCAGGCACCCUGGCAGGCACUCAGAUUGUCCAGGCAGCAGGGGCCGCUAACACCUCCACAACCAACAGCGGGCAGGGUACAGUUACCGUUACCUUGCCAGUAUCUGGAAACAUGGUGAACGCUGGGGGAAUGGUCAUGGUAAGACCUCCUGAUGAGAUGGUGCCAGGCGGUGGUGCCGUGCCAGCCAUCCAACGAAUCCCUCUGCCAGGGGCCGAGAUGCUCGAAGAGGAGCCACUAUAUGUUAACGCCAAGCAAUAUCAUCGCAUCUUAAAGAGACGACAAGCUCGUGCCAAGUUAGAGGCAGAGGGCAAGAUCCCUAAAGAAAGAAGGAAAUAUCUUCACGAGUCACGCCACAGACACGCCAUGCAGAGGAAGCGUGGCGACGGGGGCCGGUUCUUCUCACCUAAAGAGAAAGAAGAAAUGGCCUUGGCCAUGCAGGUGAGAGCGCAGGGCCACAUCAAGCAGGAAGACCUACACAACGCCACCGAACUCGCAAAUGCGCAUUGGCUGCCCGAGCAUACUUCGCCCCUCGCAUAGACUGAACUUCUUAGCAGAUUCGUUCUCACUGCUUGCUUUGUGACAUGCUGUCAUUGGCUGCUCUUGCACGCAUCACCUCCUGCUUUUUCCUGUGCUUGUUGGCUGUCCCAUCAUGUCUCAUUGCUAGUUAAGCAUUCGUGCGUAGACUGCAUGAUCUGCUAAAUCUGCUGUGUGGUAUUUUAUGAGCUGUCUGUGUGAACUUGGAUUUCCAGUUCUGCCAUAUUUAACAGAAAAAGAUAAUCUCUUCACUGUCGUGACAUAAUCAGGAUGAAAACGCUGAUAUUUCUGCAUUGUACUGAUGCAGCUCUUCAGGACUGAGAAUUGCCAAUGUGAUGUGACUUUAUCAAGUGAUUGUGUGUUUGGUCCAAGCGUUGCUAUUAUUAACAUUGUCAUUGGUAAACUGUGGCAAAGUCUCUGCCUAAAAAAUAUGAAAAUUAUUUUUUUGAGGGGACCAGUUUAAAAGAAACAUGAUUUGUUUGAAUAUAUAUAUUUUUAUGUUGUUUUCUACAUUUCUUUUGAGAAUGCAUUUCUGUUGGGUUUUUUUUUGGAUGUGGUUCUGUUCUUGUGCUUGGCUUUCAUGCAUAUGCAGUGUCACCACUGUGUUCAUAUUUGUCACAUGUUGUGAUUUUUAUUCUGAAUAAACAUUCUGACCGACUUCAAAAAGGUUCACUGGGAAAAAUAACAGCUUGUGGCCAAAUUAAACUACUUUUCAAAAAGUUUAAAGAUAGAUUAGCUCACUUACAAAAUAAAAAUUUUCUGAUAAUUUACUCACCCCCAUCUCAUC